GCUUCUUCUACUCCUAUCAAACCAUACCACAAAACCUCGAGUGAAUCAAUUUUCUGAUUAUGUUAUCUCUACGAGUCCCUACUCCUACGUCCUUCCAUCUCCGGCGACUUCACCCCAGAGAUAUUGAACGGCGAGACUGCUUUAUCUCUUACUCUCCCAGUUUCGUGAACAGAGGAGUCCGACUCGGAAUCAGAUCUUCUAGCUCAGGGGUUGCGUUUACGCCGGCGGAGGAAGAAGAAACUCUUCCGGAAGAGCUGCAGCCGGAGCUGAUGCCGAAACACGUGGCGAUUAUAAUGGACGGAAACGGAAGAUGGGCUAAGAAUCAAGGUCUUCAACCUUGGGAUGGUCACAGAGCCGGCGUUGAAGCUUUGAAAGAGAUCGUUGAGCUUAGCGGUAAAUGGGGGAUUCAAGUUCUUACAGUUUUCGCCUUCUCUACUGAUAAUUGGAUUAGACCAAGGAUCGAGAUUGAUUUCUUGUUUAGUUUAUUCGAGAGAUCGCUUAAAACAGAGUUUCAGAAGUUAGCCAAGAACAAUGUUCGGAUAUCGAUCAUUGGAGAUUCAUCGAAACUUCCGAAAUCUCUUCUAAGAUUGAUCAACGAAGUUGAGGAAGUUACUAAGCACAACACGAGGCUUCAGCUAAUCGUAGCUGUUGGUUACAGUGGGAAAUACGAUGUUCUACAAGCCUGUAGAGGUAUAGCGCAGAGAGUUAAAGACGGUGAGAUUGAUGUUGAUGAGAUAGAUGAGAGACUUAUCGAGCAAGAAUUGGAGACUAAUUGUACUGAUUUUCCUUACCCGGAUCUGCUGAUAAGAACGAGCGGUGAGUUAAGAGUUAGUAACUUCUUGUUGUGGCAAUUGGCUUAUACAGAGCUCUUCUUCGCUCAAGAGCUAUGGCCUGAUUUUGGGAGGAGCGGUUAUAUCGAAGCCUUGAUGUCGUUUCAGCAGAGACAACGACGCUUUGGUGGUCGAAAAUCAUGAGUAUUUUUUUUUUUUUGUGUUUCUUGCCAUUAACUAAUAGGUGUCAUGGGAACUGUAUAUGAUGUAAUAAUGGAUGUCUUUCUUUAUGCCUCAAGGACACUACUUUCAGUAA